GUGACAUUAGCAUGUUUUAAGUCAUGUGAUGUGUUUGUUUGUUUCAGGGUUACUAUGACAACCCCAAAGUGUGCGCUCUGUACGUCAUGAAGGGGACGCUGGAAGACGUGCCCAAACUCCAGCCUCACCCCGGCCUGGAGAAACACGAGGAAGAGGACGAAGACGAGGAGGAGACGGAGGGUGGCGAGGAAGGCGGGAAGAAAAAAGUCCCGCCGGGUUCGAAGUUACAGGUCCGGUCCGGCCCGCGAACACCGAACCCGUACGCCGCCGACAACAGCAGCCUCAUGUUCCCCAUCCUGGUGGCGUUUGGCGUGUUCAUCCCGACGCUGUUCUGCCUCUGUCGGCUGUGAGCGGGCGACGGAGGCGGGCGGAGACGCGUCCGUCUGACGUGAGACUAUGAAGACGGAGGGGGCGGGGUCAGGGGGCGGGGUUAAGGUGACAUCAGCACAGGUAAAGCAAACACAGAGGACAAAAAAAAAAAAAAAAAAAA